UGGGUAUGAUGGCCGCCGCGAGGCCGGGAAGGUGAAGGUGAGAGGGCGAUCCCGCCGGGAGAGUGGGACUCACCAGCCCCGGACCGGAGAUCCUCGAGCAGCCCAGCCCAGGGUGGUGGAACGGUGGGGCCCUCAGGCCUGAGGAUAAGUAAGGUGGGACAGGUGGAGUCAACACACCAUCUACAGCCAACCUUGACGUGAGACAGCACAGAGGAGAACUCAGAUUCUUUUUAUUUUUUGACUCCAGCCACGGCCAUAAUGCCCACCCUGUGAAAGUCUCUUACCACCCAAAAACUUCUCCUCUGUUCCCGUUGUGCCAGCAGACGAUCCGUGGAUGCAUUUUAUUUUCCCUGCUAGGAGUUGCUGUACAUAAAACUGGCGCGAUGUCCCUGCUCUUCUCUCGAUGCAACCCCAUCGUCACGGUCAAGAAGGAUAAGAGACACAUGGCGGAGGUGAACGCGUCCCCUCUCAAGCACUUUGUCACUGCCAAGAAGAAGAUCAAUGGCAUCUUCGAGCAACUGGGGGCCUACAUCCAGGAGAGCGCCACCUUCCUCGAAGACACCUACAGGAAUGCAGAGCUGGACCCCGUCACAACGGAAGAGCAGGUGCUGGAUGUCAAAGGUUACCUGGCCAAAGUGAGGGGCAUCAGCGAGGUGCUGGCCCGGCGGCACAUGAAGGUGGCCUUUUUCGGCCGGACAAGCAACGGGAAGAGCACCGUGAUCAAUGCCAUGCUGUGGGACAAGGUUCUGCCCUCCGGGAUUGGCCACACCACCAACUGCUUCCUGCGGGUGGGGGGCACCGACGGCCACGAGGCCUUCCUGCUCACCGAGGGCUCGGAGGAGAAGAGGAGCGUCAAGACUGUGAACCAGCUGGCCCACGCCCUGCAUCAGGAUGAGCAGCUGCACGCCGGCAGCCUGGUGAGCGUGAUGUGGCCCAACUCCAAGUGCCCGCUGCUGAAGGAUGACCUGGUGCUGAUGGACAGCCCCGGGAUCGAUGUCACCACAGAGCUGGACAGCUGGAUCGACAAGUUCUGCCUGGACGCUGACGUGUUUGUGCUGGUGGCCAACUCGGAGUCCACCCUGAUGCAGACGGAGAAGCAGUUCUUCCACAAGGUGAGCGAGCGGCUCUCCCGCCCAAACAUCUUCAUCCUGAACAACCGCUGGGACGCGUCUGCCUCGGAGCCCGAGUACAUGGAGGAGGUGCGGCGGCAGCACAUGGAGCGUUGCACCAGCUUCCUGGUGGACGAGCUGGGUGUGGUGGAUCGAGCCCAGGCCGGGGACCGCAUCUUCUUUGUGUCUGCCAAGGAGGUGCUCAACGCCAGGAUCCAGAAAGCCCAGGGCAUGCCGGAAGGAGGGGGCGCUCUUGCAGAAGGCUUUCAAGUGAGGAUGUUUGAGUUUCAGAAUUUCGAGAGGAGAUUUGAGGAGUGCAUCUCCCAGUCUGCAGUGAAGACCAAAUUUGAACAACACACUGUCCGGGCCAAGCAGAUCGCGGAGGCCGUCCGCCUCAUCAUGGACUCCCUGCACAUUGCAGCUCAGGAGCAGCGGGUUUACUGCCUGGAGAUGCGCGAAGAGCGGCAAGACCGGCUGCGGUUCAUCGACAAACAGCUGGAGCUCCUGGCUCAAGACUACAAGCUUCGGAUUAAGCAGAUGACGGAGGAAGUGGAAAGGCAGGUGUCCACUGCGAUGGCGGAGGAGAUCAGGCGCCUCUCCGUGCUGGUCGACGAGUACCAGAUGGAUUUCCACCCCUCUCCAGUCGUCCUCAAGGUCUACAAGAACGAACUGCACCGCCACAUAGAGGAAGGGCUGGGCCGAAACCUGUCGGACCGCUGCUCCACAGCCAUCGCCAGCUCGCUGCAGACCAUGCAGCAGGACAUGAUUGAUGGCUUGAAGCCCCUCCUUCCUGUGUCUGUGCGGAAUCAGAUAGAUAUGCUGGUCCCUCGCCAGUGCUUCUCCCUCAGCUACGACCUCAACUGUGACAAGCUGUGUGCUGACUUUCAGGAGGACAUCGAGUUCCAUUUUUCUCUUGGGUGGACCAUGCUGGUGAAUAGGUUUCUGGGCCCUAAGAACAGCCGUCGGGCCUUGAUGGGCUACAAUGACCAGGUGCAGCGACCUGUCCCGCUGACACCUGCCAACCCCAGCAUGCCGCCCCUGCCGCAGGGCUCGCUCACCCAGGAGGAGCUCAUGGUCUCCAUGGUUACCGGCCUGGCCUCUCUGACAUCCAGGACCUCCAUGGGCAUCCUGGUGGUUGGCGGUGUGGUGUGGAAGGCAGUGGGCUGGCGGCUCAUUGCCCUCUCCUUCGGGCUCUAUGGCCUCCUCUACGUCUAUGAGCGCCUGACCUGGACCACCAAGGCCAAGGAGAGGGCCUUCAAGCGGCAGUUUGUGGAGUACGCCAGCGAGAAGCUGCAGCUCAUCAUCAGCUACACGGGCUCCAACUGCAGCCACCAAGUCCAGCAGGAACUGUCUGGGACCUUUGCUCAUCUCUGCCAGCAAGUAGACGUCACCCGGGAGAACCUGGAGCAGGAAAUUGCCGCCAUGAACAAGAAAAUUGAGAUUCUCGAUUCCCUUCAGAGCAAAGCAAAACUGCUCAGGAAUAAGGCCGGUUGGCUGGACAGCGAGCUCAACAUGUUCACGCACCAGUACCUGCAGCCCAGCAGAUAGUGGACGGCGGGGGACUCGGUGGAGGAGGGCAGUGCCGCCUGCCCUCGGUGACGUGUGGCCCCCAUCCCUGGCCGCCACUGCAAGAAUGAAAGCACCUCCUGUCUCGGGCUGUCCCAGCCCUUCCGCACUCGUUCCCCUGCCCUCCGCCUGCUCCUGCGGGGAGACCUGGCCGGGCCCCUUGAGACUUCGGGGAUGACCCAGCAGCAUGGUACUGGGGGUCGUGGUCAGGCCUUUCUCCGGGUCACUUGAUUGAAGGUUUUCCGUCUGCUUGGGAAGGUCUUGCAGUAGCCGCCUCGCAGAUCGACUGAUGGCAGCCGUCAGGGGUACCAGGCAGACACCCCACCUUCCUCCGGCCCUGUGCACUGUCCCUCUCGCACCUCAGCACCCCGCGGCGAGGCCAUGUUGGCAGGGGCCGCGUUCCCUUCCCAGAGGCAUCUGAAAUAGUUGCAGAAAGGCUGAGUGUAGCCCAGGACCUGAAGCGUGCAUGUGGCGCUGUGGUACUGGAGAGAGCCGGCCUGGCCUCGGUGGUUAAAGGAUGUAGAAGAAGGAUGGCGGAAGGCGGGGGCGCUGGCCCCGCUCAGGGUGGCUGGAGAGCAGUUGGCGUGGAACAGGGCCCCCAUCUGACCUUGCUGUGCGCGGGGCACCCGCGCCUGAGAGCUAACUCGAUUGUGUCCCGUCUUACCCAAACCCCAUGGGCCCACGGCCCCCUCCUCCUGCUCCCCUGGGCCCCAGAGCCGCCUCCGACACACCUGGCCUCAUGUUGACUUAGCUGCUUCCUGUUUUUGCAUUUUGGGAUUGUUGCUGGUCAGAAUGGGGAAGGUUCCUGUCACUGUAGUGUUGAUUGGGAAAAGCAGGGCCUGGGCAGAAUGUUCUCGAAAGAAGCAACAGUGUCCCAGCAGGAAGGCCCAGGGCAGAGCUCAGCAGAGGGAGCUGGCCCCUGUGGGGAAGCAGGGUGGUGCGUGGCCACACAGGAGGCUGCCUUCCAGCGCUUGCUCGGCCCUCAGGCCCUCAGGCUCCCGUCUGUGGGACAGUGGUCGGCUAGGCCGAACCAGUGUACCAGUAGGACAGAUGGCGGCCACCUCACAGUGUGUCAGGAAAAGUCACCCAAUCCCAAUGAAUUUCUGUGUUUUUGGAAAAAAAAAAAAAAAAUGAAUUUUUUUCAGCGUAGUCCCUGGGGAAUGAAUAAAAUGUUGAGCUUCUUACACACUAAGUAAAAUUAAAUUUGUACCACAGAGAGAGAGAGAGCUUUCUGAAAGAAGCGUGGCAGAAAGCACUUUAAUUUAAUGCUGCUAACUGUGUUCUGUUUAUAAUCAUCUGCUGGAGUGCAAGAUGUGCUUGACAGUGAGUUUCUCCCUGACGUGUUGAAGGUGAUGUCUCUGCCUGAACUCCUCCUGUACCCUUGCCAUGAUAUUGGAAAUAAAAUAAAGCCCAGUUGGAAUCGUG